AUGUGCGACGAAUUCAGCGCAAGAUUGUUUCGGCCCUGGAGCAACUUAGAUACGCGGGACUACUCGAAACAGAUCGAGGUACCAGUCGGUCAUGAUGAUGGCCGUGACAUCGUCGUUGCUUGUGAAGGAAAAGAAGAAAAAGGGUGUUACAACAUCUUUAUGAUCCGUGGUAAAGCGAUCGAAGCCAGUUCCUCGGAAAUCGGAGUUUCUUCUCUUCAUUUGCCUGAAAACUCUGGUGGCUCUGGACCCAGUGAAGAACAACUGACAUCAAAGGUUGUUCAUCCGCUAAACGAUAAUUCGUUGCGCACAGUGGAUCAUCUAACGUCUCCGGUUCAUCACAUAGUAGAUCCUGUUUCCCAUCCGAUGUACAGCUGGAAUUCGUUCCGCAAAUUUAAUUUACCGCACUCAACUUCGUUCGAUGCUGUGAUGAUGAGUGCGCGGUUACCGCCUCAGAUGGGAAUAGCCUAUCCACCUUGGAUAGAUAUUAGAAAAACGCAGUUUCUCAGCGCGUUUCAACCUUCGUACGAUGUUCGAGGCAAUCUCAAUGCAGAGACUAUGGACCGUACCGUCCAGAUCUUGCAGCGACAGGCAAAGGAACCGAGGAAAUUGCGUUCCAAAAGGUUUAGAUGCGAACACUGUAACGUCGCGUUUAGCAAUAACGGACAGCUCAAGGGACACAUCAGAAUACAUACCGGAGAAAGGCCGUUUAAGUGUGAUGUUGAAAAUUGUGGUAAAGCAUUUACGAGAAACGAGGAGCUAACAAGACACAAGAGGAUUCAUACCGGACUUCGACCGCACGCCUGUCUCGUUUGCGGAAAAAGUUUCGGAAGAAAGGAUCAUCUGAAGAAACACAUGAGGACACAUGAAAAUCGAGAUUAUAGAUUGUCGGCGGCUACAUUGGGAAUGUUUACACCGGGCCACAUACUGUCAUCUCAAGGACUUCUAUUUCCACAUUACAAUUUUCCAACAUGA